GGUGACAACGGUGACAACGGUGACAACGGUGACAACAGUGACAACGGUGACAACGGUGACAACAGUGACAACAGUGACAACGGUGACAACGGUGACAAUGGUGACAACGGUGACAACGGUGACAACGGUGACAACAGUGACAACGGUGACAACAGUGACAACAGUGACAACGGUGACAACGGUGACAACGGUGACAACGGUGACAACGGUGACAACGGUGACAACAGUGACAACAGUGACAACGGUGACAACGGUGACAACGGUGACAACGGUGACAACGGUGACAAGUGACAGUGACAACGGUGACAGCGGUGACAACAGUGACAACGGUGACAACGGUGACAACGGGUGACAAUGGUGACAACAGUGACAACGGUGACAGCGGUGACAACGGUGACAAUGGUGACAAAGGUGACAACAGUGACAACGGUGACAACGGUGACAACAGUGACAACGGUGACAACGGUGACAACAGUGACAACGGUGACAACGGUGAGAAACGGUGACAACGGUGACAAAACGGUGACAACUGGUGACAACAGUGACAAUGGUGACAACAGUGACAACGGUGACAACGGUGACAACGGUGACAAAGGUGACAACGGUGACAACGGUGACAACGGUGACAAAGUGACAACAGUGACAACGGUGACAACGGUGACAACGGUGACAAUGGUGACAGUGUGACAACGGUGACAACAGUGACAACGGUGACAACGGUGACAACGGUGACAACGGUGACAACGGUGACAACGGUGACAACGGUGACAAACGGUGACAACGGUGACAACGGUGACAACAGUGACAACGGUGACAACAGUGACAACGGUGACAACGGUGACAACAGUGACAACAGUGACAACGGUGACAACAGUGACAACAGUGACAACAGUGACAACGGUGACAGCGGUGACAACGGUGACAACGGUGACAACAGUGACAACAGUGACAACGGUGACAACGGUGACAACAGUGACAACGGUGACAACAGUGACAACAGUGACAGCGGUGACAACGGUGACAACGAUGACAACAGUGACAACAGUGACAACAGUGACAACGGUGACAACUGUGACAACGGUAACAACAGUGACAACGGUGACAACGGUGACAACGGUGACAAGAGUGACAAUGGUGACAAUGGUGACAACGGUGACAACAGUGACAACAGUGACAACGGUGACAACGGUGACAACGGUGACAACAGUGACAACGGUGACAACGGUGACAACGGUGACAAUGGUGACAACAGUGACAACGGUGACAACGGUGACAACAGUGACAACGGUGACAACGGUGACAACGGUGACAACGGUGACAACAGUGACAACAGUGACAACGGUGACAACGGUGACAACGGUGACAACAGUGACAACGGUGACAAUGGUGACAAUGGUGACAACAGUGACAACGGUGACAACGGUGACAACGGUGACAAUGGUGACAACAGUGACAACAGUGACAACAGUGACAACGGUGACAACGGUGACAACAGUGACAACAGUGACAACAGUGACAACGGUGACAACAGUGACAACGGUGACAACAGUGACAACAGUGACAACGGUGACAACAGUGACAACAGUGACAACGGUGACAACGGUGACAAAGGUGACAACGGUGACAACGGUGACAACGGUGACAAUGGUGACAACAGUGACAGCGGUGACAACGGUGACAACGGUGACAACGGUGACAACAGUGACAAAGGUGACAACUGUGACAACAGUGACAAUGGUGACAACGGUGACAACAGUGACAACGGUGACAACCCUGACAACGGUGACAAUGGUGACAACUGUGACAACAGUGACAACGGUGACAACGGUGACAAUGGUGACAACGGUGACAAUGGUGUGGUGACAACGGUGACAACAGUGACAACGGUGACAACGGUGACAGUGGUGACAACAACGGUGACACGGCGACAACAGUGACAACGGUGACAACUGUGACAACAGUGACAACGGUGACAACAUGAGUGACAACGGUGACAACAGUGACAAUGGUGAUAACAGUCACAAUGGUGACAACGGUGACAACGGUGACAACGGUGAAAACAGUGAAAACAGUGACAACGGUGACAACGGUGACAACAGUGACAACGGUGACAACGGUGACAACAGUGACAACAGUGACAACGGUGACAACAGUGACAACGGUGACAACAGUGACAACAGUGACAACGGUGACAACGGUGACAACAGUGACAACGGUGACAACAGUGACAACAGUGACAACAGUGACAACGGUGACAACAGUGACAACGGUGACAACAGUGACAACGGUGACAACAGUGACAACAGUGACAACGGUGACAACGGUGACAACAGUGACAACAGUGACAACGGUGACAACGGUGACAACAGUGACAACGGUGACAACAGUGACAACGGUGACAACAGUGACAAUGGUGACAACAGUGACAACAGUGACAACAGUGACAACGGUGACAACGGUGACAAUGGUGACAACAGUGACAACUGUGACAACGGUGACAAUGGUGACAACGAUGACAACAUUGAGAACAGUGACAACGGUGACAACAGUGACAAUGGUAACAACGGUGACAGGUGACAAUGGUGACAACGGUUACAACAGUGACAACGGCGACAACAGUGACAACAGGGCAACAGUGACAAAGGUGACAACGGUGAGAAUGGUGAGAACGGUGACAACAGUGACAACAGUGACAACGAUGACAACAGUGACAACAAUGACAACGGUGACAACGGUGACAACGGUGACAACAGUGACAACGGUGACAAUGGUGACAACGGUGACAACGGUGACAACAGUGACAACAGUGACAACGGUGACAACGGUGACAACAGUGACAACAGUGACAACGGUGACAACAGUGACAACGGUGACAACAGUGACAACGGUGACAACAGUGACAACGGUGACAACAGUGACAAGGUUAAGAACGGUGAGAAGUGACAACGGUGACAACAGUGACAACAGUGACAACGGUGACAACAGUGACAACAGUGACAACGGUGACAACAGUGACAACGGUGACAACAGUGACAACAGUGACAACGGUGACAACAGUGACAACGGUGACAACGGUGACAAGUGACAACAGUGACAACAGUGACAACAGUGACAACGGUGACAACAGUGACAACGGUGACAACGGUGACCACGGUGACAACAGUGACAACGGCGACAAUGGUGACAACAGGGACAACAGUGACAACGGUGACAACAGUGACAACAGUGACAAAAGUGACAACAGUGACAACGGUGACAACGGUGACAACGGUGACAACAGUGACAACGGUGACAACAGUGACAACGGUGACAACGGUGACAACAGUGACAACGGUGACAACAGUGACAACGGUGACAACGGUGACAACAGUGACAACGGUGACAACGGUGACAACGGUGACAACAGUGACAACAGUGACAACGGUGACAACGGUGACAACAGUGACAACGGUGACAAUGGUGACAACGGUGACAACAGUGACAACAGUGACAACGGUGACAACAGUGACAACGGUGACAACAGUGACAACGGUGACAAGUGACAACAGUGACAACGGUGACAACGGUGACAACGGUGACAACGGUGACAACAGUGACAACGGUGACAACAGUGACAACGGUGACAACGGUGACAACGGUGACAACAGUGACAACGGUGACAACAGUGACAACAGUGACAACGGUGACAACGGUGACAACAGUGACAACAGUGACAACAGUGACAACGGUGACAACAGUGACAACGGUGACAACAGUGACAACGGUGACAACGGUGACAACAGUGACAACGGUGACAACGGUGACAACAGUGACAACGGUGACAACGGUGACAACGGUGACAACGGUGACAACGGUGACAACGGUGACAACAACGGUGACAACGGUGACAACGGUGACAAGCGGUGACAACGGUGACAACGGUGACAACGGUGACAACGGUGACAGCGGUGACAACGGUGACGGUGCGGUGACAGUGACAACAGUGACAACGGUGACAACAUUGACAACAGUGACAACGGUGACAACAGUGAAAACAGUGACAAUGGUGACAACGGUGACAACAGUGAAAACCGUGACAACCGUGACAACAGUGACAAUAGUGACAACGGUGACAAAGGUGACAACAGGGACAACAGUGACAACCGUGACAACAGUGACAAAGGUGACAACAGUGACAGCGGUGACAACGGUUACAACAGUGACAAUGGUGACAACAGUGACAACAGUGAAAACAGUGACAACGGUGACAACAGUCACAACGGUGACAACAGUUACAAGGGUAAUAACAGUGACAAUGGUGACAACAGUGACAGCUGUGACAAUGGUGAAAAUGGUGACAUUAGUGACAACUGUGACAAUGGGGACAAGGGUGACAACCGUGACAACGAUGACAACGAUGACAACAGUGACAACCGUGACAACGGUGACAACAGUGACAACAGUGACAACGGUGACAACAGUGACAAAGGUGACAACAGUGACAACAGUGACAACGGUGACAACAGUGACAACGGUGACAACGGUGACAACGGUGACAACAGUGACAACAGUGACAACGGUGACAACGGUGACAACAGUGACAACGGUGACAACGGUGACAACAGUGACAACGGUGACAACGGUGACAACAGUGACAACGGUGACAACGGUGACAACGGUGACAAUGGUGACAACAGUGACAACGGUGACAACUGUGACAACAGUGACAACGGUGACAACGGUGACAACGGUGACAACAGUGACAACAGUGACAACAGUGACAACAGCGACAACAGUGACAACAGUGACAACGGUGACAAUGGUGACAACGGUGACAGCGCUGACAAGUGACAACGGUAACAACGGUGACAACAGUGACAACGGUGAGAACAGUGACAAGGGUAACAACGGUGAAGAGUGACAACGGUGACAACAGUGACAACCGUGACAACAGUGAACAGUGACAACGGUGACAACGGUGACAACAGUGACAACAGUGACAAUGGUGACAACGGUGACAACAGUGACAACAGUGACAACGGCGACAACGGUGACAACAGUGACAACGGUGACAACGGUGACAACGGUGACAACAGUGACAACGGUGACAACGGUGACAAGGGUGACAACGGUGACAACAGUGACAACAGUGACAACGGUGACAACGACGACAAAGGCGACAACAGUGACAACGGUGACAACAGUGACAACGGUGACAACCGUGACAACGGUGACAACGGUGACAAGGGUGACAACGGUGACAACGGUGACAACAGUGACAACGGUGACAACAGUGACAACGGUGACAACGGUGACAACGGUGACAACGGUGACAACGGUGACAACGGUGACAGUGACAACGGUGACAACGGUGACAACGGUGACAACAGUGACAACGGUGACAACGGUGACAACGGUGACAACAGUGACAACCGUGACAACGGUUACACCGGUGACAACCGUGACAACGGUGACAACAGUGACAACGGUGACACCAGUGACAACAGUGACAACGGUGACAACAGUGACAACAGUGACAACGGUGACAACGGUGACAACAGUGACAACGGUGACAACGGUGACAACGGUGACAACAGUGACAACGGUGACAACGGUGACAACAGUGACAACGGUGACAACGGUGACAACAGUGACAACGGUGACAACGGUGACAACGGUGACAACGGUGACAACGGUGACAACGGUGACAACAGUGACAACGGUGACAACAGUGACAACAGUGACAACGGUGACAACGGUGACAACGGUGACAACAGUGACAAUGGUGACAACGGUGACAACGGUGACAACGGUGACAACGGUGACAACGGUGACAACAGUGACAACGGUGACAAUGGUGACAACAGUGACAACAGUGACAACGGUGACAACGGUGACAACGGUGACAACGGUGACAACAGUGACAACAGUGACAAUGGUGACAAUGGUGACAACAGUGACAAUGGUGACAACAGUGACAACAGUGACAACGGUGACAACGGUGACAACGGUGACAACGGUGACAACGGUGACAACGGUGACAACGGUGACAACAGUGACAACGGUGACAACGGUGACAACAGUGACAACAGUGACAACAGUGACAACAGUGACAACGGUGACAACGGUGACAACGGUGACAACGGUGACAACGGUGACAAAAGUGACAACAGUGACAACGGUGACAACAGUGACAACGGUGACAACAGUGACAACGGUGACAACGGUGACAACAGUGACAACGGUGACAACGGUGACAACGGUGACAACAGUGACAACAGUGACAACAGUGACAACGGUGACAACAGUGACAACAGUGACAACAGUGACAAUGGUGACAACAGUGACAACGGUGACAACAGUGACAACAGUGACAACGGUGACAACAGUGACAACGGUGACAACAGUGACAACAGUGACAACAGUGACAACAGUGACAACGGUGACAACGGUGACAACAGUGACAACGGUGACAACAGUGACAACGGUGACAACGGUGACAACAGUGACAAUGGUGACAACAGUGACAACAGUGACAACGGUGACAACGGUGACAACGGUGACAACGGUGACAACGGUGACAACGGUGACAACAGUGACAACGGUGACAACAGUGACAACAGUGACAAACGGUGACAACAGUGACAACGGUGACAACGGUGACAACGGUGACAACGGUGACAAUGGUGACAGCGGUGACAACGGUGACAACGGUGACAGCGGUGACAAUAGUGACAAAGGUGACAACGGUGACAAUGGUGACAACAGUGACAACGGUGACAACGGUGACAACAGUGACAACGGUGACAAUGGUGACAACAGUGACAACGGUGACAACGGUGACAACAGUGACAACGGUGACAACGGUGACAACAGUGACAACGGUGACAACGGUGACAACAGUGACAACGGUGACAACGGUGACAACAGUGACAACGGUGACAACAGUGACAACGGUGACAACGGUGACAACAGUGACAACAGUGACAACGGUGACAACGGUGACAACGGUGACAACGGUGACAACGGUGACAACGGUGACAACGGUGACAACAGUGACAACGGUGACAACGGUGACAACAGUGACAACGGUGACAACGGUGACAAACAGUGGUGACAACGGUGACAACGGUGACAACGGUGACAAUGGUGAACGGUGACAAUGGUGACAACGGUGACAACAGUGACAACGGUGACAACAGUGACAACAGUGACAAUAGUGACAACGGUGACAACGGUGACAACAGUGACAACAGUGACAACAGUGACAACGGUGACAACGGUGACAACGGUGACAACAGUGACAAUGGUGACAACGGUGACAACAGUGACAACGGUGACAACAGUGACAACGGUGACAACGGUGACAACAGUGACAACGGUGACAAUGGUGACAAUGGUGACAACAGUGACAACGGUGACAACCCUGACAACGGUGACAACGGUGACAACAGUGACAACAGUGACAACAGUGACAACGGUGACAACGGUGACAACGGUGACAACGGUGACAACGGUGACAACGGUGACAACAGUGACAACAGUGACAACGGUGACAACGGUGACAACGGUGACAACGGUGACAGCGGUGACAACGGUGACAACGGUGACAACGGUGACAACAGUGACAACAGUGACAACGGUGACAACGGUGACAACGGUGACAACGGUGACAAUGGUGACAACGGUGACAACAGUGACAACAGUGACAACGGUGACAACAGUGACAACAGUGACAACAGUGACAACGGUGACAACGGUGACAACGGUGACAAUGGUGACAACGGUGACAACAGUGACAAAGGUGACAACAGUGACAACGGUGACAACGGUGACAACGGUGACAACAGUGACAACAGUGACAACGGUGACAAUGUGACAACGGUGACAACGGUGACAACGGUGACAACAGUGACAACAGUGACAACGGUGACAACGGUGACAAGGGUGACAACAGUGACAACAGUGACAACGGUGACAACAGUGACAACAGUGACAACAGUGACAACAGUGACAACGGUGACAACAGUGACAACGGUGACAAUGGUGACAACGGUGACAACAGUGACAAUGGUGACAACAGUGACAACGGUGACAAUGGUGACAACGGUGACAACGGUGACAACAGUGACAACAGUGACAACGGUGACAACGGUGACAACGGUGACAACGGUGACAACGGUGACAACGGUGACAACGGUGACAACGGUGACAACGGUGACAACAGUGACAACGGUGACAACAGUGACAACGGUGACAACGGUGACAACAGUGACAACGGUGACAACGGUGACAACGGUGACAACGGUGACAACAGUGACAACAGUGACAACGGUGACAACGGUGACAACGGUGACAACGGUGACAACGGUGACAACGGUGACAACAGUGACAAC